AUGACCAACUUUCUUGCUUUCCUCACCGUGUUCGCCGCCGUGGCCAACUCGACCGUGAACCAAACUGACGACCACCAACUCCAAACCACGGACGCAUCGUUUUGUUGGAAGACAUCGCAGACACGCGGCAUUGGCCAAGUGCCGGUGUCGUGCGCCGCCGGACAAGAGCGCCUGGGUCUGUUGUGCUACGACAAGUGUCCAUUGGGCACGAUCCGCAAAGGCCUCGACUGCCACUCGAACUGCCCCGCUGGGUUCGCGGACCAAGGACUGUUUUGCCGCAUGAGUGAAUACGGCCGGGGGGCUGGGUACCCAUGGAAGUUUGGCGACUCGCUGGACGACAGUGGCAUGUACAAACGCUGCCAAAAGGACCAUGGGCAGGGCAAGUGCGAAAAAUGGGGGUUGGUUGUGUAUCCCAAGUGCUUGCCGGGCUACACUUCAUCUGGUUGUUGCCUCUGUCGACCUACCCCCCCUGACUGCGGGGUCCUUGGCCUGGGCGGACGGGUGGACUUGUCGUGUGCCAAGAAAAUCACGGUUAUGGCGCCUACGCUGGGCACGUGCGGUGCCAACGAAGACCUCGAUGCAGGCCUGUGCUACCCCAAGUGCAACCCCGACUACAUGGGUGUCGGCCCGGUGUGCUGGGGUCGCCCUCCUGCCUCGUGGGUGCACUGCGGCAUGGGGGCCGCCAAAACCCCCCUGGAUUGCGCCACUGCCGUCAAAGACCAAACCUUGUCAGUGGGACAGCUCGUAUUCAACAUCGGCACAGCGUUUGCGGGCAGCUCGGCCAUGGCGCUCCAAGGCCCGGCGGACGUGUCCAAGUUCGCCGAGUUGACGAAGGCGUGGGAUGCCAUCAAAACCAAGCCGGUGGUCGAAACAGCCAUGCAAGUCUACGAUGCUGCCAACCGAGGCAAAACGGGCUACCAGGCCAUCGAAGAACUCGAGCAGGCCAACUCCACCAACGAAGACUACGUUCGUAUCGCAGCCUCCAUUGCGUCCAUCUUGGACCCCACCGGCAUCUCGGAUGUCAUCGCGGCCUACACGUACUCCACUUGUGACAAAGUUGCAGCUUAA